UACGUUAUUCUACAACAAAGUUAUUGUCCGUGGCGUAGCAUCUGCUUUCGAUAGUGUAGACGGUUUUACGGAUAAUAAAGUAAUAGUUGUUUCAGAAAGUAGCUAAUUAAUAGUUAAGACAUGUUGAUCAAGGUGAAGACUCUCACUGGAAAAGAGAUUGAAAUAGAUAUAGAACCGACAGAUAAGGUUGAGAGGAUCAAGGAGCGUGUUGAGGAAAAAGAAGGUAUUCCUCCGCAGCAACAGAGAUUAAUAUUUUCUGGUAAACAAAUGAACGAUGAGAAAACAGCACAAGAUUACAAAGUACAAGGUGGUUCCGUCUUACAUCUUGUGCUUGCACUAAGAGGAGGUCUGUAGCCUAAAUCCAUGAGGGUCAAUUGCUUCUUCUCCACUAAAACGUCACGUGCAACGCGGGCAGGUCCCAGACCACAACAUACAUUUGUAUUCAAGCAUUAUUUAAUAAAAUAAUUUAGUUGUAUUUUGGA